CAUCAACUGCGAUUUAAUAAUAAUAAUAAUAAUAAUCUUUAUUAUCCGUAAGGAAAUUUGUCUUACAAUUUGUGCAUUACACCAAACAAAAAACAUUAUAACUAUAAGAAACCAAAGUGUACAUUCACACCAGACUCACUCAUAAUUUACAUGUGACAAAGUUUAUACCAGAUUGUUCUUAUUUAAUGAUUUGAUUGCCAGGGGAACAAAAGAGUGUUUGUGUCUGUUUGUCUUUGCUAUCGGUGUCUUGUAUCUCUUUUGUGAUGGUAAAAUCACAAAAUCCUGACACAAAGGAUGAUGCUUUUCGAGGAUCUUGUUAGCUUUUUCAUAGAUGUUUGUGUUUCUAUCAGCCUAAAUCAUCCACUGUGAUGUGUUUCUAUCAGCCUAAAUCAUCCACUGUGAUGUGUUUCUAUCAGCCUAAAUCAUCCACUGUGAUGUGUUUCUAUCAGCCUAAAUCAUCCACUGUGAUGUGUUUCUAUCAGCCUAAAUCAUCCACUGUGAUGUGCUUCUAUCAGCAGGGCCUGACAUGGAUAAUGGAAGGCCCGAGGCGAAGUGAGUUGUGUGCCCUAAAUGAAAUACAUGUACAGUAAAAAUAACAGAUAAGAAAAUAAAGACCGAAAAAAUAAAAUUACGCAUUUUUAAAUCUAAAGCAUCAAAUAAAUGAAAUUCAUAAAUCGCAAUUUCUGUAGUAGAGACAGAGUUUGACUAGAAAACAUAGUCAUAGUGGCUGCUCUACUAAAUUUGAGAUCCGAUAAAAGUUUCGCAAUAUUUUCUCUAAACUUUUGGAGCAAUUGGAGGUCCUAGAUGGCUGCCUCGUUUGCCUAUACGUCCGGCCCUGCUAUUAGCUAAACACAUGUACUGUAAUGUACUUGAACAAGUUUCCUUUAAAUGUCACAGUAACAACGAUCUCUUAUUAACUCCUUUGCCUUCGGGCACGUCUUCAAUUGGAAUAUUGCAAUGCAGUCUCUUGGAUGUAAAAAAAAAAGGAAAAUAAUAAAAUACUUUUUUUUGUGUAAAUUAAUCAAAUUUGAAAACCUCCGCACUUACAACUAUUUCUCAAUAAUUUAUAAAAUAUUUCCCUUCUUCGAUAUCAAACAAAAUAAUCAAUAACAAAUAUUCAAUUGACAUAUGAAAAAAUUUUUAAUUGAUUCAUGUUUUGUUAGCUACAACAAAUAAUUGUUUAAAGUUUCAACUUUAUCCGUGAAUAUGUGUAGGGACCAAACCCUUCACAUUUAGCAAUCUGUGCAUACUGAAGAAUUACUUUCCUUGUUGGUAUAAACAAAAUUAUAAUUAUUUUAAAAAUAUUCUUAUUCAUGUCUUGUCUAGGUCAAUAACAUAAAAAAGUUUCAGCUUGAUCCAAGAAUAACGAGUUCAAACGUUUUAUCAGACAGACAGACAGACGGACAGAUUGAAAUGAUAGAAGCUUUGUAAAAAAUGGUAUGGGAGUAACUACUGAAGAAAACAGAAGACUAUUUUCCUUGGCACAGUCUACAAAAGAGCUGAAAACUGUAGCAAAAAGCUGGCUAGAAGAAGAAGAAUGGGAGUAGCUAUAAACGACUUAAAUCUAUAAACAGUUGAUAAAACACAAUGGAAUGGGCGAUAUGGCUACACACAUGAGCAUAGAAUGGUACAUUACAAACUCUAGAAGAGUCACCAUUUUAUUUAUUCUGUUGCCCCUUCCAACUCCUACGGAGAGAUAAAUGUUACUGUGCUAGCCUGUCCUUUCGUCCCAAAGCUACAUAGAAUUAUGUGCAUGCCUAUAUUCCUACUGCUUCGUUGACCAUUCGCUUGACCCACUGAACCUGAUUCUAAUGCUCUCGUUUCCUUUCCUCCCAAAGUGACGUAGUUCCAGGUGUAUCCCUAGAUUGUCUACUGCUUCAUGCGCCUAUCGCUUGACUUCCCCGCGUGCCUGAUAUCAAUGUCCAUUACACCUGUAAUGAAACGGAAAGAUUUUAUCGUCUUGGAGUGGGAGGUCAGGUGUUUAUUUGCUGGUUGAUAGCUAUCCUGUGAUAUAAAACAAAAUUGCCGAUACAGACAUUUAUAUCCGGAACAAACAACCUCGAUGUAGUAAUUUCCAACUCUCUCAGCCCCUUGUCCCUGAACCAAGCAAUUGAACCGCCAAUUUUUAUGUCGACAAUAAAAUGGUAAUGUACAUGUCAGGUAGUAAUUGCCGUACGUUUGUAAAGAAGCGAAAGUUUUAGUCUUUGUUUAAAGAUUAUGGUUGCUAGGUUUAUGCAUAUUUCGGUCCUUGACUGACCGAUAAAGAUAUAACUUCAACUGAUUAUAAAAUGAACCUCUCAACUGCCUCAAUAUGAGCUUACAUAAAAAAAAAAGUCGUAGUUUUACUAGUAUAAGCCGAGCAAUGCCCAAACCACGACCUGCGGGCCGUAUCCGGCCUAUGAGACUGUUCUAUCUUGCCCCUCGAAACUUCUGCACACAUUUCAUUAUGAAGACGUUUUUGACUCGGCGAUUAAAAAAACAACACCUGACUGUAACACGUAUGUCUUAGAUUAUUGUGGCGCUCAUUAGUGUGACCAUUAUUAGUGUGGCCCUCGUGAGUGUGUCCCUCAUUAGUGUGGCCCUUAUCAGUAUGGCUCUUAUUAGUGUGGCCCUUAUUAGUGUGGUCCUCAUUAUUGUGGCGCUCAAUAUUGUGGCUUUUUUUUUAGUGUGGCUCUCAAUUGUGUGGCACUCAUUAGUAUGAUCCUCAUUAGAGUAGACAUCAUUAGACAUCAUUAGUGUAACCCUCCUUAGUGUGACCCUCACUACUGUGACCUUAUUGUCGUAAAUGGAAGGGCACCACUGCUACAUAGAUUGGCUCUGUAUUAGCUCUAGACUAGGGUGAAUGUAUCAUACUGUAAAUAGAAACCUGACCUCCAUACACCGUUCUUUGAUUCUUGACUUUUCAAAUAGAAGACUAGUUGGGAAAUCUAAACGAUAGGCCAAUAGUAGCUUCAAAUGAACGGAACUCGGUUCAUUGAUUGGACAUUUCGAUCAGCUGAGAGCUUACAACUCCAUUAACGAGGAAUGAAAAGCAAUUACGUUUUUCCUAGGCAAUGUCAGGUAGACUGUCAAGGUGUGGAAAUGAAUUACCUAUUUCGUGACCCAAAUGAGGUGAUGGAUACAACAACCUGGCAUCAAUACAUUGCCCUUGACAGUCUCUAGGCAUGUGGUUAAACAAGUUGAAUAGGUCGAAGGUCAUUACGCGUCUAAUCUUACUGAUUAGUGGCCUAUUGUUGACCAUAUUUGGACUUGUGCACUGGGUGACAAGCUAUCAAGAAUGGAUUAAAGUUAUUCAGGACAGUCAGAUGGCCAUGGAAUGGGAAGGUUUCGGACCUGAACGAGGUUUAUAUAAUUUUACCGUGGUCACCGCCAUGCUGGACAUUGGGCGAGGUUCAUGGCAACAACAGAGCAGGAAAUACAAUCAAUACUUGCUGUAUAUGCAACGUGUCCUGAGGCUGGACGUGAAUGUUGUGGUGUAUGUGGAUGAGAAGGGAAAACCUUUUAUUGAGUGGAUGAGGCGAGGCAGAGAGAAACACACGAGCAUUGUGGUCACUAGUCUUACGGAACUUCCUUACUAUAGACACAAAGAUAGAAUAACAGAAAUAAUGAACAGUCCGGCGUACCAACAAGACAACGAACUAGUGAUUAAUAAACUUUGCGAGUCAUACAUUCCAGAAUACGACAUACUACAGCUUUCAAAACUUCAUUUUAUCAACAGGACUGUUUGGGAGAACCCUUUUUCGACCACAUAUUUCCUCUGGCUAGACGGCGGCUACUCUCAUGGACAAGACGUAUUCCCCCAAAACAACAUUUGGAUUCCGAAGGAUCUCUUUGAGCACGCGACUCAGGUCACGUUCAUGGAGAGAGCCCCAGGCGUGAAAGUGUUUCAGAAGGACAGGGACAGGCUCCACAAGAUGUCAAUCAACGUACUGGCUGGGAACUUUUUCGCCGGCGGCAGCGAGGCUCUGAAGGAGCUCUGUGAGAUGCAGAGACAAUUAGUGGACGAGUGGAUGACGCUAGGCAUUGUGGAUGACGAUCAGACGAUGUACAUGUGGAUGUACUACAAGAAACCUUCUUUGUUUCACCUGGUCUCGGCCGACUGGGAAGACGUUUUUAAAUUGUUUAAUAAAAACAGCGAUCUGAGUUGAAAGCUUCGAAGAAAUGCAGCUAGUAUAAUUUCAUUCGUGGAAUACGACCAUUUUCUAUCAAUAGGUGCUGAAGGCAUAACAGAAUUAAUUUGAUUUGGACUGGUUUGACAUUUGUUCAAUCUUGUAGACUAAAUCUUGAAACUCACUGGGCCUGCUUUUUCUUAUGAUGCUUGCUGAACAGCAGCCUUCGUUGUAUUGUUGUUUCUAUUUCAGAUCAUGCAAUGAUCCUUUCUUUUUUUUUUUAAUUGUAUUUCAUAUGUAUAAGAAGUUUAUUUAUAAUUAACUGAAAAGUUAAUUUGUUUCGAUCAAAAGGAUCAAUUUAAGGUAAUUUUUUAGACAAAAAUGAAAAGCCUUAUUAAAAGAUGCUAUUUUAUUAAGGACGAUAUGUAAUUAUUAUGAUUCAGAAUCUAAUUAACAGAAACGAAUUGUAUUGGAUUACAUUGUAAAAAAUGUUGAAAAUGUCAAAGAAUAUUUGUAUGCUUUGAAAUGGGUCUAAUUCUUAAGCGCUAAUUUAAUGUUUGCCUACAUAACUACAUAUGUAGCGUGUGUGUUGUUAUUUUUUAAUCAGAAUUUCCUUUCCAUGCAGGAAAAAAAUUUGCUGUUUGUUCGUUGUUGUUGAAAAAGUUUUAAACAUUCCAAUUGAAAUUACAAAGCUGAAUAAGCGCAGCAUUUACUCGAGAAUGUCCAAUGUCUCGGCCGUUCCGUCCAUCACACGUGACUUUCCUUUCCUUCAAGUGUUUUCCAACAUUCCAGUCUAGGUUCAUAUUUUAUUAUUGCCUCAUUUGGUUAACAAAGGGACAUGUGUUCUACAUUGUUGCAUUUUAUAACAUUAUGUUCACAUGCGCAUCAUUCUUCUUCUAGUUUCAACUCUCAUCGAGAUGUAUACACAUGAGAAAAAUAAAAGCUCAAAAUGUUUUAUUGAAGUUACCUAAAACUAAUGACUCUUAGAAGGUUGAAGUUUCUUAUUUUAUAUAUAGGCCGAAACCUGGUUAUUGAUUAUUUAUCGGUUGACUCUUAGUCAUUAGCUAUAUAUGGGCCAACAACUAGUCAUUUGUUUUUAUUUCUAAAGGUUGACACUCGGUCAAUGUUUUGAUAAGUAGAUAUAUUGAUAAGUCGACAACUGAUCAAUGCUUACAUGGAAGUCGACAUCGGGUUUGCAAUUCAAUACUUGGUUAAUGAUGAGCAAUAGGUCAAUACAAAAACACACA